AUGGAUUAAAGGAAGAAGAUUAGAAGAAAGUAAGAAAGAAAGUUGAUUAGAUAAGGAAAUUUUGUAUCUAAAAAAGUAUAUAUAAUAGAUAAAUGUUGUUUUAAAGGAUUAAAAGGAAGUGAAAUAUUUGUCAAAACAGGAACACUUUUAGAAUUAUGUAAAAAUUUAAAGAGACUUACAAUAAAUUCAAAAAAAAACAACGUUAAUAAGCAAUGUUUUUUUGAAUCAAUAGAUUCGCCUGAUGAAUAAUGGUGA